UUAUUAUUAAGAAAAUAGGCAUUCGUGCAAUUACAGCGUGCGCCAAAAGCAUAUUCUGAAGCCAAAUAGUAUAAAAGAUAGGACCAGAUUGGUACCUGACACAAAGGAUUAGUAAAGAUAUAAAUAUAAACUUGCAAUUGUUUCUCAUUUAGAUCUGACAGAUUACAGGAGAACAAAAAUUAGAGACAGCAUACUAAACUUAAUCACCAUUCACUUAUAUUCCCAUUGUAUUGAGCUAGUAACUAGGAACAUCAGAUUGGUGUUAGGUACAGUACUCUGAUAUAAGGUGUCGGCAAACACUGCUGUUAUCAGUCACCUAUGUUGUACAUUGCCUAUAUUACCGAUGUUGAUUUCCAAUUAGUGUUACCCCAUGAGGAUCCGGGUUUGAAUUGGUCCUCAUUGUCCCUUGCUUGUCGUAAGAAGCAUGGGGAGGUUCUUCGAAUGAGACAGCAAAACCCAACGCCCCGUGUCACAGCAGGUGUGGCACGAUGAAGAUCACUCCCUGCUCAAAGGCCGUAAGCGCCGAGCACAGGCCUAAAUUUUGCAGCCCUACACCGGCAAUGAAUGGUGGUGUCUCCAUAUGAGUGAAGAAUUCUCUAGCGGGACGUUAAACAAUAUGCAACCUAUUAGAUUUUAUUACACACAUUACUUUGAUAAAAAAAAUAAUCCCGUUCAUCACUUGUCUCCAAUAAUAGGCAAGUAUGGUUUCAGAAUGAAUGAAUUAAACUAAACUCGACCCCCUUUAAGUUCUCAUAAAUCACGAAUUUUUGAUACCGCAGUGGGCAAUUCUCUCCUUCAUUUGUACUGUGAAGUGAUUGUAUUUCUCAGUUAUCUAAUUGCAUUGUUGCUAAAACGUAUCUUUUUAUACCGUUACAUCUUCAGACAUUUAAUUAAUUCAAUACGGACGCUUUUUUAUUUAAAUAUUAACUCUGAAUUUAGUAGGUACUUGGAUAUCACGAAUAGUAAUCUCGUCUAAACAGAGAUGUGUCAAAUACGCACUGCCAUAAGACGUCAGAUGAUCGGAAUCCUUAAUGAAAUCAGUCGGUGGGAUGUUUUCACUUUUCACUGAAUACACAAAACCGGUUCGGUGUGUUAUUGUGGCAAGGUGUCGUCAAAAUGGCACGCUUGAUGGAUCCUUAAUGUCAUUAGAGGAUGCUCAAUUCAGGUUCCGAAUCACGACUAGAUCUGAUCAUUCGAGAUCACUCAGGUGUGGCCGUUCACCUCCACUGUAUUCUUGACUAGGCCGUAUUUCGUCGCUUUUGCAUAUUCUGUGAUGUUAGUGUUGUUUUAAUUUUGCCUUCAUAUGAAUCAAACUGUCACCAAGUGCGCUUAUUCACAUUGUAGAUAGAAUUCACAUGCCACUUUUCAGGGAGUUGUGACUUGACUAAAAACUUCUCAACUUUUGCAUACAUGAAUUGACAGGAUAUAAUUCGAAACGAUGCAUGAUUCAAAAGGAUUUAUUUUCAAAAGUGUGUAAAUGAAAUCCGAAGAUUUUAUGUGUCUUUACAUAUCUUACAAAUUAUACUAUUAGUGAAAUGUUGUGACGGUCUAAUUCUUUAUUCAUUACAUAGAGUGGCAGGGCAAGUACUUUCUCCAUGUCGGGCUUUAUUGUGAACGGCUAUCAAUCGGGGCUCGUAUCGCGAAGCAACGCAGAAUGGGUCAACAUCCAAAAGAACACUUUUACCAACUGGGUCAAUGAACAACUGCGCUUGCGGGGAUUAUCUGUCCAUGACCUUAGAACUGACCUUGCUGAUGGGGUCAGUCUGGUUGCUCUGUUAGAAGUUCUACAGCGCCGGCGCCUUGCUAGCUGUGUUGAGCGCCCAAGCAAUCCUCAUGAAGUUAUGCAGAAUUUAAAUGUUGCUCUGGAAGCGAUCGGAGAAGACAAUGUUCGAAUUGUUAAUAUUGGCUGUACAGACAUCACAGACGGCAAUAUCAAACUAGUUCUCGCCCUUAUUUGGCAGCUGAUUCUCCGAUAUCAGGUGGGACUGUCUAAUAUCCAACACAAGAACUGGAUGUUAGCAUGGUUACAAGCUGUAAUUCCGGAAUGUGCCAUCACAAACUUCACAACUGACUGGAAUGACGGCGUUGCUUUACAUGCGUUGAUAGAAUUCUGCAGCCCUGGUUUGUGUCCAAAUUGGAAAAGUCUCAGGGGUCAGAAUUGGCUCAGCAAUUGUCAAAAUGGAAUGAAAAUAGCCCGCAAGCACUUCGGAAUUCCACUCAUUCUUAAUCCGGAACACCUCGCAAGUUCCCAGUUGGACGAACUUUCUUGUAUUACUUAUUUAUCAUAUUUCUUGAAAGUUGGCUCUCCAGGAUAUAACGCCACGCUUCAGCGAGUACAGUCCCUUACAAGGAACUCUCCUGUGACCAAUUUCACGACUGAUUGGAACGAUGGACAAAUCUUGUGCGAGUUAGUAUCCAGUCUCGGAGGAAACCUAGGGGACUACAAUACGGCCUCUAGCAUAGAGAGACUGCAAUAUGGCAUUGACGGCGCACAAACUCUUGGCGUUUAUCCUAUACUAACUGCAGCCGAUAUGGCUGAAGAAGACACGGAACACCUCGGCAUCAUGGCGUAUGCCGCAAAAUUUAUUAAUAUGAAACCUAUUUCCAUAUCAGCUUUCUCAAAGUAUGGGCAGAAACAGAUUAUUGUCUGUGAUGAAAGGCACACGGUGAUACCCACAGAAACUGUGAUUCCAAUUAAAAAUGUCGGAGAUUCAAAUUACGCAAUUGUCCAACCUGGUAACAACAAACCCGACAGGACGAGGUCUUUUCGAAUUGAACGAAUAAACAACGGAUUCGACAAAACCAAUUCCUAUCAUAUUGGAGGAACGGGGUCUAAAACAGAGAAAGCAGGUUCAUUUCGUGUUGACAGAACCUCUUUCUCCCCUGAUCCACGAUCCAGUCAUAUACAGACCAAUGGCUACCAGGAUACACCGACUGAAAGCAAUGUAACUUACAAUCUCAUUCGACAACCGUCACUACGGAAAGCAAAGAAAAUCCAAUCUGAUCCGACUGGCGGGUUUAAAGUAGACACAUAUUCAGUUGGUGUCAUCAUGUCAACGGCGACAGAUGAUAUUUUACUGAAAGACGAUAUUAAACUUGAGGCUGUCUCCCCAAAUGGUCGCGUAAUCAAAAUGUCUGGUGUUGGGACAUACAAUGCUCAGUUCGAACCCGAUGAAAUAGGAGAAUGGAGAGUUGCCUUGUACUGUCAAGGGAAGCGCAUCGAUUCCUGCCCUGUUGAUGUUUGUGACCCCUCAAGAGUCAAGGUCAUUGAUCUAAAGGGCGGGGUAGUUGGUCGACCGAGCAGGUUUAAAGUUGAUUGUUCGGAAGCUGGGAACGGUGAUCUAGAAAUAUUCGUUAAAAAUGACAAAGGCCGCGUGCCAUCCUUUUGCACGGACAAUGGGCGGGGCAUCUACAAUGUCCAGUUCACUCCGUAUCUGAAAGGACCGCAUUACGUCUCGGUCAAUUUCAACCGGGCGGAAAUCAGAGACGAUGAGAUUUUACUGGGUUCAGAUGGUGAAGGGAUGCACAGACGAGCAAUUUUCCACUCUGAAAUAACGGAAGAGGAUGGAAAAUUCAAAGUCAAGGCAUCUUGUGACUGGCAGAUUGAUUACGUCACAGGUGGACCAUUUCGGGUUCCGAUCUCGGACACACUGGAUAUAAAAGUUUACAGCAUGCAGGAUGGCACGAUUUGUAAUCUCCCGCAUCUGAUAGCGGACUGCAGCGAAGCCCCUGAGGGGAGAUUAGAAGCGGAAAUCACUUACGGCCACGAGAGAUUUCCCGCCACCGUCACCGAGACGAACCCAAAAGUAUACCAGAUCAAUUUCCGUCCCCGAGGAAAAGGAACGUACAAGGUGUGGGUGGUAUACAGUGGUUUGGUAUUAAAAGGUUCACCAUUUAUCAUAGAAAUAGAUGAACUAACUUCGCCAAAAUCGCAAGGUGAUGGUCUAAUAAAGGGAAUUGUGGGCCAACCUGCCAGUUUCAAGAUUGACUCGAGAGGAUUCCCGGGUGAUCUGAAUAUCGAUAUAGCAGGUCCGCACUAUCCCAUUAACUGCACCCGAAUACCCGACAAAGAUGGCACAAUUAAUAUCACGUAUACUCCCGAGGAAACCGGGUCUCAUAAAAUUCGUAUAAGUGUAGACGGACGACAAAUAGAAAAAAGUCCCUACACUGCAAAAAUUGUGAACCCGAAGAAGAUUAGGAUAUCCGGCGGAUGGCGCCCUCUGGUAGACGACAAUGAAAGAAUUCCACUAGUUGUUGGGAAGGAAAAGCAAAUUCCGUUCGAUGCCUCUGAGGCUGGACCUGGUGAACUUACCGCUGAUAUCCGUGGACCAUCUACCAAGAUUCCAACGGCCGUGGAGACCCGAGCAGGGGGUCGUCAUACUCUAGUGUUUACACCCGAAGAGGAAGGUGAUCACAACAUUAAUGUGAAAUGGGACGGUUUUCCACUACCCAACACUCCAUAUAUAGGGCACGCUACCAACCCCCCAACGGACGGUAAUGGAGGCUUGUUCAGACCCGUAGUCCUUAACCUUAACACUGGAUCACCUAGGUCCAUUUCGUUGGAUGAACAGCCACAAGUACAACCAACACAACUUCACAGCCCGCUACACAGUCCUGUUAAUAUUCAUUUUGAGCUUCCGAAGGUGACCGUUCGGAAUUUGAACACAUCUUCACCGCCUUCCCAGGAUUAUCCCGAUAAUGGUGGAUCCCGAACAACAUCGCCCCGGACCAUUAAUGUUAUUCGCAGGCCAUCUGACAUCAGCAAUCCAAAAACAAGAGUUUCAAAAAUUUACCUUCCGCAAAGAGCAGAGAGUAUGUACUCCUCAACAACAGGAAAUUCCGAUCUUCCGGUGAGAGUUAGUGUUGUCCGUAAGUCCACUACGACAAGCCCAAGUUCGAGUCAACCAUCCACGAGGACACCUUCUGUCAAAAGGUAUCCUGCUCCAACGCGGGCUUCUGGAGAUCCUGCCAAAGUAGUGUUGAGCGGAAAAGGACUAAAACAUGCUCAUCUUGACAAACCUGCUGUGUUCAGUGUAGACGGACGCCAGGCUGGACCGGGUGAACCGGAAGCCAAAGUGACUGGGAUUAACAAAGAAAUUCCGGUUAGAGUCGAGACAACCGGCCCACAACAGUACAGAUGUACAUACACACCCACAGACCCUGGCGCUUACCUGUUGGAUAUCACCUGGAACCAACGACCUCUAAAAUGUUGUCCCUUCAAAAUCAACGUCAACCAGCCAGUGUUUCCACACAAAGUGAACGUCAGUGGGGACCCGCUCAAAAGCGGUUAUGUGGGACGUGAUAUCCGUCUGCAAAUCGACUCCCGGUAUGCUGGGACCGGGGAUCUAACAGUUGAGUGCAUAGGCCCUCAGAUGACAAAAGUGCCUGUAAAACUUGUGGAUAACUAUGACGGAACUCAUAGUCUUAAGUUAAGACCUGCCGAACCUGGGAGGCAUAUCCUACACAUUAUGUAUGGAGGCGAACAUGUGUUAGGAAGUCCCUAUGCAGUUGAUAUAAAGACCCCGCACAAAGCACAGUACCCAGUGAAGGUUUCCGGUCCCGGGGUGAGUGACGGAAUUUUGCCAGAUUUUGAGAGCCAUUUCAUUGUAGAUGCGCGAGGGGCAGGCGCGGGAGAACUUAAAGUCGUCCUAAUGGGCCCCAAAGGCGCCUUUAAUGUGGAACUUAACCGCACGAGCCAAAAGGACAAGCUUGUUCAUUGCCGCUACAGCCCGGUUGAACCUGGUCUGUAUACUGUCAACGUCCUAUGGUCUAACGAACACGUGACCGGAAGUCCCUUCAAAGUAAACCUUGCAACAAGCCAGCUGCAACUGGAUCGCAUGCUUAUGGAAAGAAGAGCAUCUCUGCCUCGAUCUCAAAUAUCCAACAGGGAAUCGCUAAGAGAACCAGAGACAGAACAAGAGAACAUUUUGUAUUGAUAAUGAUUCAUCAUAAAAAAAGAGCUAUACUCCAUGUUUUGCUAUGAAAUGUAUUGCUAUGAUAUCAUGUACUUGUAAGUAAAACAUAACUCUAUACCAGGGGUACACUGCUCAUGUUAAGUUUGUUUGCAGAUUUUUAUUACACUUUACAUUGUACACAGUGGCGGAUUUAAGUGGGGCGCAGCCGGCGCACACCCCCCCCCCCCCGUAAAAUUUUCAAAUUUAAGGUAAAUCGUGGUAUCUUGUUUAGAAAAAUGUACUAAACGAUAAAAGAAGCAAUAAUUUCUUCCACUCCCGGAGAAAUAAAUGACAAAAUCUUUUGAUUUCUUGAAUUACUUUAUUGGGAGAACUUAUUAUUUUCCAAAAAGCCUGAAAAUUGACGUCAUUUUAUUAAUUUCACCUUAUAAAAAAAAUGAUAGAAAAUAGUACAAAUGACUAAAUAGGAGGCAUAUUUCAAGCCCUAUAAAAUAUGUAAAUCUCAUAAAGUGGCGCCCCCGUAACAACAAUUCCUGGAUCCGCCCCUGGUACAGGAAAGAUAUCUCAAAUGACAAUAUGAAAACGCAUAAUCAGUUAUUAUAAAAAUAUUCUAUGUAAAAUUGAUGUGUAUGCAUAGCUUAUUAGAUUGUGUCAGUGAGACAAAUCGGAUAUGGAAUAUAAUUUAAUUCAGUAUCAAGUGAACUCAGUGUUUUAAAGUGGCAUAUUGUGAUAUAGCAUUGCCAAAAUUAUAAUUGACAUUGUAUAACUUUGUAGUCAGUACAUGUUUUUAUAGUACUUAACAACUGAUAUUACAUUGUGUUAUUGUUUCAGCUUAUGUACAUGUAUAUUUAAAAUCAGAUGUGCAGCUUUUGAUGAUUUACCGACUAUAUGUUUAUAAACUAGUAUACCAAA